AUGGUCCCCGCGCUGCGCCCGGCCAGCUUGCUGUCUCCACUGAGCCCCGCCUGUGUGUUUGACCUCGAGAUCGACUGCGGCCGCGGCGGCGCCUCGGCCACCGCAGCGGGUGCAUCCAGCUGCCUCAGCCAACACGUGGACGGGGCCACCGGCGCCGUAGAGGCGCUGCAGGCGCUCUGCUACCACAACGACGCCGGCGAUGACAGCGCCACGGCUGCGUUUGCACGCAAGUUGUCCCUGGAGCUGCUGCGCCUUCGCGCCGCCUACCUGGUCCCCCCCUCCUCCCUUGGGGCCCCCGACAGCGACGGCGCCGCCCCCCUCGGCGCCGGCGGCUACUCCUCCGACGGCUACGGCGCCAGCGGCGGCAGCCGCGGCAGCAGCCGCAGCGCCAGCCCGUGCAGCAGCUGCUGCGGCGGGUCGCCCCGCGCGCCGGCGGCGCCCGCGGGCGGCGGCGGGCCGGUGGAUGUGGAGGGUGUCGCACGGGAGCUGGGGGCGGCCGGCUACCUCGUGCACGUCCAGGACGAGGCGCCGCGAGAGCGGCGGCCCCGGGACGCGCGCCGCUGCCUGCAGCAGCUGCGCCACAGGUUCAUCCUGUGCCUGGGGGCGCGCGGGCGGGGCAGCCACAGCCCCCCCAGCGGCGGUGGUGGCGGCGGCUGCAAUGAUGGUGAUGUCGAUGGUGGCAGUGGUGUUGAUGUUGAUGGUGGGGGCGAGCCCUCGUACCUCCCAGAGCCCCUGGUGGUGGAGCCCUGCCUCAGGGAGCAGUUUGUGAUCGCGCACCCGACGCCGGCCUACACGGCGCUGCUCGAGGCCGCGCCGCUGUGCUUCGUCGGGCCGGCCUCGCGGCUGGACGCCGCCGUGGACGUGCUCUGCCGCGAGAUGGCGGCAGCGUUCAGGGAGCGCGGGCUGGCGGUGCCGCCGUGGCGCACCAAGGCCGCGAUGCUGUCAAAGUGGGCGCCGCAGCAGGUGGCGGCGCUCGCGGCGAAGGCCUGCAAAGCCGGCCCGCGCGGCGUCGCAAAGCCGGCGGCCGCGGCUGCCGCAGCCUCGCCGGUGGCGGCCGCUGUGCGAUUGGCUCCGUCCGACCCGCUUCCCUCGGCGGCGGCGGCGGCGGCGCCGGCGCUCUGUGCUGCGGCGUGUGCGGCACAGGCAACGCCGCCGGCGCUGGCGGAGCAACCCGACGGUGCGCCAGGUCCGCAUGAGGCGUCGGCGACUGGGGAGCCGCUGGUUGGCCGCAACGCGACCGCUGAAGCGCAGGGGCGUGCGACUGCAGGCCAGAAGGCGCGAUCGCUCCUCGCCAUGGCCCUCCGGGGGUCUGGCGGCACGGCCUGGGGCAGCUCCGCGCCUGGCAGCUCCGCUGGCGGCGCGGCCUCUGACGGCGGCGGCGGCACGCGGUCGCCGCGGGGCGGCUCGCCGCAGGGCACGGCGGCGGCGGCGCCGGCUGCGAUCAGGACUGUGCCCAAUGAGGCGGGUUGGGGGUGCAUCACGACGGUCCGCUGGGGCGCGCUGCACAGCCAAGCGGCACCAGGGCACGCCCACGGCUGA